GCAUAGGGGGGAGUGAAGAGAACAUGAAGAGCCGACAAAGUGAAGAAAAGCUUUGUUUUUGCAGCAUUACUACAACAUAUUUAUAACGUUUACAGCGGUGUGGUGCAGCGCCUGAUAUGAUUAGGAUGCAAACCAAAACCGAGGUAGAGGAGGCCAGCAGGAGACGGGCCAGACCCUGCCGUCGUGUGUUGGAUGCUCUGCUGUUAUGCACUGGGGAUAUGGAGCACGUGGAUGAGCAAAUGAAGGAAAAGUCAUUUGUGCUGCAGCUGGCCGUGUGGGGCCUGAGAGGGGUGGCCCGAGUGAUUCUGGCCAACAACCCGCUGAGCGGUGCUCUCAUCCUGGCUGCACUAUACUGGGCUUCCCCCUGGCAGGGCCUGCUGGGAACUCUGGGUAUACUGGCCUCAACGCUAACAGCUGUUAUCAUGGGACAAGACAGUGCUGAGGUGUCAGGAGGUCUCCAUGGCUUUAACGGCAUGUUGGUGUCUCUGCUGAUGGGAGUGUUUAGCUCGGCUGGAGACUGGUACUGGUGGCUUCUGCUGCCUGUCUGCUUGUGUUCAGUGACCUGUGUCUUUCUGUACAGUGGUCUCACAUCACUGUUGGUCCACUGGGACUUACCUGUGGCUGUGUUUCCAUUCAACAUUGUCAUCAUCCUCUACCUCCUUUGUACGGGCCCGAACAAUCCCUAUUUUCCGCACCACCCAGCUGUGCCACCAGGGGUGCUGCAACCGAAUGGAACCAAUGUCAUUGCAGUCGAGGUGUUGUAUGGCAUCCCUCUUGGUGUGGGUCAGAUCUUUGCCUGUGACGCGAUGGGACCCUCCCUUCUCAUCCUGGGAGCCGUUGUGCUCUACUCCCCGCUGCUGGCCGCCCAUGCUCUGCUGGGAUCAGCAGUCGGCACGCUGGCUGGUUUAUCCAUGGCGGUGAGUCAUGCUUCUCUGUACUCGGGUCUGUCUGGGUUUAAUGGAGCUCUGGGCUGCAUGGCCGUUGGAGGAUUCUUCACCUUCAGCUGGACGACCAACCUCUUCUCCAUUGCCAGCGCCUUCCUCUCUGCAUAUGCUGACAUCGCUCUGGGAAACCUGAUGGGAACUGUGGGUCUUCCAGCAUGCAGUUGGGCAGCUACUCUGACAGCUACAUUGAUGUUGCUGCUGACUGGCAGUUUAGCAGCAUACAGCAUCCCUAUCGGAAAGGUCAAGGCCCCUGAACACAACCUGAAGUCUGGCCACCGCCAGUGGACAGCCGGGAACACCCUAGAAAGAGACAGCAUUGUGUAGUGUGAGAACACACACACACAUCGUACAAACACACCGUGCACACACACACACACACACACACACACACACACGCACACAAACCCAAACUUAACACAUUAGUUUUACAGAAUUUGUUCCCAAAAAUGUACAAGAAGUAAUAGCGACAUUAUGGCUGAAUUUCAAAAAGAAACAUUUUGUUCCAACUGAGUGAAAUGACUCAAAAGUAUUUCAGCAGCCGCCAUAUUACAGUUUUUUUCAAUUGCAUAAACACUAAAAUCAAAAGUAUAACACAAUUAUCCAACCUGACAUAUAAGGAGCAAAACAUGGGCCCAGAUCUGCACCACUAUAAGCACAAUGUCAGCUUCACACUUUUUGUAAAACAAUACACACAGUGAUUUGCAAAACGCUAAACACACGUGUAUACAUUAAACACAGAAGUAUAUCAAGAUGUCACUUCCUUGCAAUUCCUAAGCACUGCCUAUCAAAUGACCACCCCAUGGGCCAAUUGGUUAAACACAGCCAUCAGGUGUUCAAACACAAGAGGAGAAGGCUGCGGCUGCGGCAUGAGUAAUGAUGUUGUGUGUGAUGUUGCAUACUGCAAACACAACUUUCAUAAUGUAAAUGUACUGUAUUCCAGACCUAUGCUUAACUACACAAUCUUGUCUUUCACUGUGAGUUUUACAGAUGGAUGCUGAGGAAAUCGCAUGAAUUCAUAUACAUAGAUGAGGCAGGGUUCAUAGGACAAAAUCAAAAAGGAGAGGCAGAAAUAUCAUUGGCCACGGGGCUAUAAUCAAUGUCCCAGGGCAACUUGGGGGCAACAUCACCUUUUGUGCUGCCACUACACAGAAUGGGGUCCACUUCCGUCAAGUCAACAUGGGCCCUUACAACACACCUCACAUUCUCAAAUGUUUGGACCGAUUACACAACAUCGUCACAGCAGUAAACCACAUGCACCAGAUGCAAUCCAUUGUCAUCUGGGACAAUGUGUCAUUCCACCGCUCUGCUCUGGUCAAGAACUGGUUUCAACACCAUCCACAGUUUACAGUACCAUACCUUCCACCAUACUCUCCAUCUCUAAAGAAAAUCCAAGAGUUUUUCUUGGCAUGGCGGUGGAGGGUUUACGAUCUCCGGCCCCAAGCUCAGGUACCCCUCAUUGAAACCUGUACUGAAUACAGAAUUUUCUGCUUGUCUGAUAUUUGUCGAGCUUACACUGUAAGGCACACUCCUGUAGUAGCAUGAAAACGGGGACAUGUUUUAUUUGAUAGUCCAUGUUGACAUGUUGACAGAUUUGGGGACAUUUUGAGAAAUAAAUUCAAUUUUCAUGGGACUUGAAUUUAUUGUAUAUUUGCACUUUCUCAGAGUACUUCAUUUACAGUAGUCUAAUCACUGAGAACUGGAAUUGCUAAAAGUGUUUAAGGUUAGCAACAGCAGUGUCUAACUGCUAAAUAAGCGUAUAGUUUUUACAAGAGUGUUUCACAAAGGAUCUGAGGUGUUCUGCUGAUUGGGUGUGUGGUUGUGCUGAUUGUAUUUAGUGUUUGAAACACCGGGACCUCUUUUGAAAAUCGUGCUUAAGCAAUCGAAAAAAAGAGCUGUUCCAAUUCUCUAAAUGAUAAGGAAAGACACCAUAACAUAUGUCAACACUAUGAGGAAUCCCUCACUCUUCUGUUCACAUGGUGGCAGUACAGUGCAAGGAAUAAAAUGUUUAUGAAGUAUUUUAAAGUUGUUGCACCUCCGUAUUCAAACAAAAACAACUUCUAUUAAAUGUGUCAAGUUUUCCACCAUGUUUUGGCCACCUGAGUUAUAACAGUAUGUCUUUUAUCAGUAUUGUAUUCCCUACUACUAUAAAACAAAUGCGUAGGACAAAAAAACAACCAAGUUAAAGGGGAAAGAAAGGAUCUUUUAAUUCGGCAUUAAAUCAACUCAUCAGAUCAAUGAAGUAAUUCACUGUUAAAAUGACAGUUUUAAUCUUAUCAAUAAAAACACAAUGAAUUCUAAAGUAAUUAGUUUGAACCUUCAUUACUCUGCAUAGACAUACUA